CUAACUAGAUUUGUUAAAGUUGCUUUAUUAAACCAAACAAACAAUAAAAGCGUGAAAUACCAUGAUUGCAGCUUUGUAUUAACCAUGUGGCAACACCAUCAACCUGUGUUGCUUCUGUUGUGCUGCAUUAACGAUUCUUAAAUGAUUGUGGAUGCUGUAUGUUUGUUUUGUUGACGCUUAUCGAUUUUGUCAGUCGCAGCAUCAUUAAUUAAACAAAAAGGGCGCCGAUCAAGUCCGGAAAAGCUAUUCGAUUGGAUUUUAUUGUAAUAACCUAUAUGCAGAAUGAAGCGUCAGAACGUUCGAACUCUUUCACUUGUGGUAUGCACAUUUACAUAUCUUUUAAUUGGAGCCGCGGUUUUUGAUUCUCUAGAAUCUCCAACGGAGGCCAAACGAUGGGAGUUUUUGCAAGCCGUUAAGAACAACUUUGUUAAGAAGUACAAUGUUACCGACGAGGACUUCCGAGUGAUGGAAAUUGUUAUUAUUGAAAAUAAGCCCCAUAAGGCAGGACCGCAGUGGAAAUUCGCUGGAGCUUUUUAUUUUAGCACAGUGGUUUUGGCUAUGAUAGGAUAUGGCCACUCCACUCCAGUUACCAUUCCAGGAAAAGCAUUUUGCAUGGGAUAUGCUAUGGUCGGAAUCCCCCUCGGUCUUGUGAUGUUUCAGUCGAUCGGUGAACGUCUCAACAAAUUUGCAUCUGUUAUCAUAAGAAGAGCCAAAAGGGCCAGUGGAGCCCGAUGUACGGAUGCCACUGAGAUGAAUCUAAUGUUGGCCACCGGAAUGCUAUCCUCCAUAAUAAUCACCACAGGAGCAGCAGUGUUCUCUCGAUACGAGGGAUGGAGCUACUUUGAUAGCUUCUACUACUGCUUUGUCACCUUAACCACAAUUGGUUUUGGGGACUAUGUGGCAUUGCAAAAUGAUCAGGCUUUGACCAAUAAACCUGGUUAUGUGGCACUAAGCUUGGUAUUUAUCCUGUUCGGCUUGGCCGUUGUGGCCGCCAGUAUUAAUCUGUUGGUGCUGCGCUUCAUGACAAUGCAAGCGGAGGAUGCCAAGAGGGAUGAGCAGGAUGCCCAGAAUCUGGCCGGAAAUGCACAACCGGUGACUUUCGAUGAUGAGUCCACUUAUAACAUGCAUGGCAAACUUCUGGAGAAUAACUACACAACUGAAAACGAUGAGACCGCUUCGCUUUGUUCCUGUACAUGCAUGGGUGGCACUAGGUGCCUCAACCACGAGCAGUUUGUCGAUCCGGACUUCCAGCCCACGGAUAUAAUCGAGAGCACUUUGUGCCUGAAGCGGGCCUCUGUCUGAUAUCCGUACAAGCAGCUGUGGAACACCUCCUUGUAGGAGCCAGAGCCAAUGGAUCGCCAAAAUAUAGUUACAAUCCUGUAGAGACCCAACCGCCGUGAACUCAAAAUUGUGGUUGUUAGACGAACCUUCCCUACGUAGAAAUUUACACAAGGAUGGGUCGAUUAUUUGUGCAGAAUAUUCCAAAUACCAUAUUAUCCAAUUUACGAAAUUGGAUCUAAAAAUCAAAAAUGUUAAGAUGAUACUCAAUACAAGUCCGACAUUUCUAAACUUUCUUCUUCAGAGGCUUUGUGUAUUUAUAAUUUUUCUGCAACCACAAUAAUCGACCUGUCUGAAUAUACAACCAUAUACACAUUUACAAAGGAGAAACCUCCAAAAAACCCAUGUCAAUAUCAAUCGUAUCACCUGGCUGGUAGUCGUUGAAACCUCUUUUGGUUCUAAAGCACCGCCUCAUCCAUCCCAUCUUAACUUUUAGCUGUAUACUGUUUCACCUAAUAUUAAAGUUAUUGCUCAAAAC